AUGAGCUCGCUAUACCUUACUCAUGACCAAUAUGAAGCUGUUUCGCGAUCAAGGGUGGUGACUCCUGGACAUGACAGCUGGAACUACGAGCAGCUCGUUCAGGAGGGUGACUUCUAUGGUCUGGGGAUUGACGAGAAGUGGGUGGUGAAGGAACUGAAAAGGAAAAUGGCCUCCAUCACCUCGUCUGCCGUUGUUGCCCCUGUUGCCUUCAAGGCAACUGUGGAGGCCUCUGCUGCCUCCUCCAAGUCCGUGUCCUUCUCUGGCCUGAAGGCUGGUGUCGCCACCCCCAAUGGCUUCGCCACCAAGACUGUCUCCAACGGCAGCCGUGUGUCGUGCAUGAAGGUGUGGAACCCCAUUGGCAACCCCCGGUUCGAGACCCUGUCCUACCUUCCCGCUCUCACCGACGACAUGAUCGUCAAGGAGAUCCGGUACAUGCUCAAGAACGGCUGGGUCCCCGCUAUCGAGUUCGACGCCAGCGGUGUUGUGUACAGGGAAAACAACAGCGGCCCCGGCUACUAUGAUGGCCGCUACUGGACGAUGUGGAAGCUGCCCCUCUUCGGCUGCACUGACGCGUCCCAGGUGCUCAGGGAGAUCAACGAGUGCAAGUCUUCCUACCCUGGUUGCUUCAUCCGUGUUCUGGGCUUUGACAACGUGAAGCAGGUCCAGUGCAUGUCCUUCAUUGUGCACAAGCCCUAA